AUGGCUGUAAGGGAAGUCAAAUUCAAAAUAGAUGUGAAGGGAAUAGUAGAAGCCUGUCUAUCUUUUGGCGAUAAGUACGAAAUAGAUGAGUAUAUUGAAGACUAUGAUAAAGUGAGGCAUUUAGACUUUCUAAAAGAAAUAUUUAAUGAGAACCUAGAGAUCGAAAGCGCCCACUAUAGUAAUGAAGAAAGCGGGGAUAUUUUAAACAUAAUUAAAAAUAAUAUGUAUCUGUAUUUUAUAUACACUAAUAUACCGAUAGAAGAAAGUUUGAGAAACCUAUAUAGCGCACUAAAGAGUAGAGACAAGGACUUAAUUACACGUAAGGCUGUCAAUGUAAUUAAGAAAAUUAUAGGCCUAAAUCUCUAUAUAUACAAUCCAGACCAUGGGAUAAAUAAAAAGAUUGACAUGUAUAGAGAACAAGAGACCAUAGGUUUGGUUAAUAAAAACUAUGACCUGAGCCCUAGAGAAUACACACUGGAGAUUGAUGAUACAAAUCUUCCUAGUCUGAAAAGUAUAUCCCAGAGCACUUCAGAGGGUUUAGACAGAGAGAAGUUUAUUUAUAUCUCUGAUAAAAUAAAGGAUAUAAUAGACAUGGAAAUUUUAAAAAAAUACUCACCCAUAGAAACAUAUCACAGCUUGGAUGAUUUAUACACUCUAAAAAAAGACGGCGUACUGUUAGUAGACUACGGGCUGGAGCUUAUUCAUGAAAAAUAUCAUGAAAUUAAAGAUCUAUUCCAGACAAUUAAACAGAUCAAACUCAUUUCUAAAAGCCAAAAAGACAUAAUUGAACAUAUCAGCGAUGUGUUUACCCCUGAAAACUUAAAAAUAGUCAUUUCUAUCUGUGAUAAUGCAGAGGAAAUUAUGAGAGAAAAAAAAAUACAUGGCUACGUGAUUAACGCACUGGAAUAUAUGAUGAGUAAAACUGACUUCUUAAAAGAAACAGAUAGUUCGGAAAACACUCUGAAGAUAAAACCUGAUUUGAGUAAUUUUCGUGAAGACUAUUUAUCUAAUAAGAAUAAUUUGAAAAAACUAGUAAAUGAAAGAAUAAAUAGAUUACCUGAAGAAUAUAGAGAAAUAUGUGAUUCUCCCACGAUAAAAACAGAAGAAAAUGCUUCUAAUUAUAUGCAGAAUAGCAAAGAACUACUACAAUGGAAACUAGAUAAAGAAGAUAGACAACAUGGCAACUGUGUUUUACUUUUAAUUAGCUUAGGCGGUUUAUCUAGUAUAAGCCCAAUCCAGAAACAAUACCUACUCAGAAAGCUAAAAGAGUUUGGAGAAAUAUGGAACAUAAAAGUAAUAAUUGACAGAGAAGAAGCGAUAGAAGAAGUAAUAGAAGAAGAAAAGAAAGCUGUAGAAGUACCUACAGAAAAACAACCACGCCAAGCAAACAGAAUUAAAAUACUCAUGGUUUCUGCUAUUGUUCUUGCAGCAGUAACAUUCUUGUUCCUUGCACAUUCGAGGGGUGCAGUGAAACUUGUUAGUGCUAACUACUGA